GUUUUGUUCCCAGGGGAUGUUCAACACCGUGCUGGAGGUGGCGAAAUUUGAAGGGGGCUCCAUCCGAACAGUCAGUGGGGUCAGAGGUCAAAUUAAGAAGGCCUUGUCAACGCCGGCGGGAGCCUACAGAGCCACGUUCGAAGACAGGCUGCUGAUGAGUGACAUUGUGUUCCUGCGCUCCUGGUACCCGGUGUCAGUCCCUCAGCUCUACAACCCCGUGACCUCCCUGCUGAUGCCAGCGGGCCAGAAGGACAGUUGGUCGGGCAUGAGGACAGUGGGCCAGCUCAAACACGACCUGGGGGUCCGCAACAAGCCCAACACAGACUCACUGUACAAGCCGGUGGUGCGAGCGCAGCGCCACUUCAACAAGCUGCACAUCCCCAGGGAGCUGCAGAAGGCAUUGCCCUUCAAGAGCAAGCCCAAACAGGACCAGCCCAAGGGCAAGAUGCCCAAGGACCUCCAGAGGCCCGCUGUCAUACGGGAGCCCCACGAGAGGAAGGUGGCGGCGCUGCUCAAUGCACUGAGCGCAGUGCACAACUACAAGAGCAAGAAAGCGCACACGGCGCAGCACGCUAAGCACAAGGACUUCCUGCGGCAGCGGAGCAAGGCGGAGGAGGACAAGCUCAAGAGGCAGAAGGAGGCAAAGAAGAAGCUUUACCGUAUGAUGGGCCAGAAGGAGAAGAAGAGUCAGAGGUCCAGUCUAAAAGGGGCGCCGCUUGAUGACUGAUUUGUAAUUCAAUAUGACUUCUUAAAGACCAGUGUAAUAACCAGUGUUUCGGCCUGCUAAUGGAAUGGAAUAAUCCUCUGUUUAAGCAUAAUCUGUUGGGCUGCAGUGGAGUAGGCUGAAAUUGCCCCUAGAUGCUGAUCUUGGGUCAGUUUAGCAUUUCGCUGUUAAUGGUUAAAGGGAUAGUUUGGGAUUUUGGCAAUGAAGCCCUUUGUCUACUUCCCUAUAGUCAGAAACUCAUUAAUGGAUACGAUUUGUAUGUCUCUGCAUCCAGUAUGAAGGAAAGAUUGGGGGGGGGGGGUGUUCUGCAGUACUGGGGUAGGAGACAGUGUAAAUGCAAGGAAUGGAUGAACAUCCUUCAGUUUCUGUAGCCUGGUUGUGUAAUGUGGUUUUUCAACCCCAGUUAUUGGCGCCUCAUUAAGAGUGGUUCCAUAGAGGAACCAGAAAGAACUGUAUAUUAGUCAUAUCUUGAUCACUUGUCUAGCUUCAAUCUUGCAUGGUGUUUUAAUAAAAAAUAAAUUACAAAAAUAG